AAUGAAGGCAGCUGAGGAGGAAAAACUCAGAGCUGAGGAAGAGGAGAAACUAAAGGAGAUAGAGAGGAAGAAGGAAGAGAAGAGGCAGCAAAGAAAGAGGGAACUUGAGAAACAGAAGAGAGCAGAACGGGAACAGGAACUGUCAAAGCGGGUGGCCCAGCACUACCUCAGAACCCUGUUACUGCGCCGAGGCCUGGCACCAUGGAAAAGCCUGCUGGAGCAAAGCCAUGUCAACACACAGGUCAGCGCAUUCAGGCGGCAGUAG